AUGACUGCCGUAGUCGCGAUCAAUCCGAAUCAAAUCUUUGAAGAUUUCACCAACGGAACUAAAGCAUUCAUCAGAGAGGCCCCAGUCGUCUUUAAGGCCACUACUGAACAGAAGCCUGCCCCGGCUUUCGUCCUCAAUGAUGUGAUGUUUAUAGGGCUUCAGUCCUAUGUCAAGUCUGCUUUAAAGAUACCCAAGACAGACGAACUAUUCAAGGCGACUUAUCCGUUUGAAGGCCUCAACCUUUGGAUCCAAACUCAGCCGGAAUAUGAUCAACUAUACAAGAGCCUUAUACCCAUCCAUGAGCACUGUGAGACCUUCCUUAAAGAUGGAAUCAAUCCUAUGAUCGGUCUUGCUUUGCAAGAAGAAGCUCAAGAAACUAAUCAGAAACUAAUGAAGAUUACCGAGGCGAUAGGCUUGUUCAAAUCACAGACGGAAAGCGACGCAGCAGCGCUGAAAAUCCUGAAACCUAUACUUGAUGAGAAAUUUAGUGAAAAACACCUCGACAGCCCCAUGACAAAGCAUAUGGAGGAGACGCGCGAAUGUAUCCGGAAUUUGAUCAAGAACCAACAACAGACAGUAAUGAGCCAGGAGUAUCUGAACAGCUACAAGUGGCUAUGGGAUUUCCCUGGCGUGGGAGGCCUUCUUCUUCCCUGGGCUUCUGAAGAUAUGAAGGAAGCUCUGCGAAACUACGUAGCCAAAUAUGACAAGUAUAAGAUAAUGGUAGCCCAGGGCGAUCAAGAGAGAGCUCAUCUUCUGAAGUCAAUCGAUACCGCCAGAGGACUGAUCGAGAAUAUCGAUGGUGUCAUGAAUCACCUUGACGAGGCAAAAAAGUCCUUAGACAAUAUCUUCGAUGGCAUGGUAAUGAUGAAUAUGUCAUGUUCCACCCUUCGAAAAAAGCUCGAGAGUAUUGACGGGAAUGUAAAGACCGAAGCGCACGGGUCUUCCAUAAGCAAGCUUUACAUCAGCAUGGCCGUGACAUCGUGGAACAACGUGCUUGAAGUCGCACGCUCGUUCGCGAAGCACGGCAUCAUUGAGGAAGCGACCGACACCAACACCCCUACGCGCAGAGGUCAAGCAGUCAUCCUCGCAGCUUCUUACGGCGGACAAACUGUCACGGAUCUGGCCAAGAUGCAGCUCAACUACAGUACCAAGAUCGUCAUCUCUACCAAAGACCUCAUCUUUCCUCCAGGCACGCUGAAAGGUAAACCAAAGGCACUUAGUAUUCUGUACCGAUUUGGUGACGACCCUGACUCUUGGCGCACCUUUACCUGUGAUACUGGUACUGAGCAGGUUCACACACUUACUGCAGACAACAGCCACGGAUCAGAGGUUGCCGUGAACUUCAGGAAAGAUAAAUCAAGUCGAUAUAAGAUCCAUGCAAUCGUUUAUGGCCUGCGUCAAAUCACCGACAAGGAAGUUUUGAACCAAGUAGCGAGUUCAGCUGAGAUAGCUGGAGCAUUAUUGGUCAACAAUGCAAGCUUUUGCGUGAACUCAAGCAAUGACCCAUGGCUUGGCAAGCUCAAGACAGCAGCUAUUUUCUAUACAGUGGAUGGAGUACUUGCAUGCGCAUCUGGGAUCGAGGGAGGAGCUAUUGUUUUCUAG